GCAAUUGGGAAAUGAGAAGCAACAAGCAAACAAGAGGCAGAUAAGGCAUGUCUUAAUCAAAUAUAUAUAUGGAGUCUUAAAUAUUCUUACAUACUUUUACAUUCUUACAUAUACAGAAAGAUUUCUUUAGGAAGAUGGCUAUUUUUGUUAAUAUAUAUAUAUGUGUGUAUCAUAACUUCCUCCAGGACAUUUUAAAAUACGGAUCUAAUUUGACGGAAUCUAGACUGCCGGAAAAGAAGUAGUUCACAGCUAAGAUAAAUACAAUUUAAAGGGCAGAGAUCAAUGUCUGGGGAAUUCAAAAUGCUUUGAGCCAACAUGUAAAAGCUAUAUUAUAGCCUAUUGCUUAGGACAGAGAAGUCAUACUUACAGCAAAUAAAAGCCUGAUCCAGGCAGUUAAGGUUUAUAAUCUCCCUCCCUUCAGUGUGGGCUGGACUUAGUGACUUGCUUCUUACAAAUAGAAUAUGGCAAAAGUGAUGGCAUGUCACUUCUGAGAUUUGUUUUCAUAAGUUGUGGCUUUCAUCUUAGAUGCUGUCUCUCACUCCCUCGCAUACUUGCUCUGAGAGAAGUCAGCUUGCUAUGUUCAGGGCCCACAUAGAAAGGAACUGAGGGAGGCCAAUAGCCAAUAAAGAACAGACACAUAAGGCCAACAUUCCAAGAGGAAGUGAAUCCUGCCAACAACUACAGAAGGGAGCUUGGUAAUGCAUCUUUCCCCAGCCAAACCUCAGAUGAGAUUGCAGCCCCAUCCAACAGCUUAGCAAUAGCCUCACAAAAGACCCAUAGUCAAGACUCAUAGAAAAUAUGAGAUAAUGAAUAUUUCUUAUUUUAAAUCAUUAAGUUUUAGGGAUAAUUUGUUAAGCAGUGGUAGAAAACUAAAACAAAGGAUGAUUUGGAGUCCUGAAGAGAAGCUAAAAUAGAACUCACAACUAUAGCUCAGCAUUGACUCAAACUUGAAAAGGGGAAUGUAUUUUUGAUGUGUGUAAUGCAAAGGUCAAUCCCUAGGUAAGAGAAAAGAUCUUGAGACUCAGGUAGUAAUGACAGCAGAAGAGAUUGGAAAGAUGAAUCCAGGUUCUAUAUCCUUCUCAAGUAACCCAGUAAAAUGAGAAUUUACUUUUAAUUUUCCUUAAAAUAUAUGCCUCAAAAUUUCUUUGUGAAAUAUAAACAUUUGGUUGUACAUUAGAAUUAACUCUUCUGGACUAUAUUAAAGAAAAAGGUAGGAAAAUGGGGAACUGAUAUGGUUAGGUUGUGUCCCCACCCAAAUCUCAUCUUAAAUUGUAACUCCCACAAUUCUUACAUGUCAUAGGAGGGACCUGGUAGGAGGUAAUUGAAUCAUGGGGGUAGGUCUUUCCCAUGCUGUUCUCCCGAUAGUGAAUAAGUCUCAUGAGAUCUGAUGGUUUUAAAAAGGUGAAUUUCCCUGCACAAGGUCUCUCUCUCUUUACCUGCCGCCAUCCAUGUAAGAUGUGACUAGCUCCUCCUUGCCUUCCACCAUGAUUGUAAGGCCUCCCUAGCCAUGUGGAACUGUAAGUCCAUUAAACUUCUUUUUCUUCACAGUCUCGGGUAUGUCUUUAUUAGCAGCAUGAAAAUAGACUAAUACUGUAAAUUGGUACCAGUAGAGUGGAGCACUGCUGAAAAGAUACCUGAAAAUGUGGAAGCGACUUUGGAACUGUAUAACAGGCAGAGGUUGGAACAGUUUGGAAGACUCAGAAGAAGGCAGGAAAAUGUGGAAAAGUUUGGAACUUCCUAGAGACUUCUUGAGUAGCUUUGACAAAAGUGCCAAUAGUGAUAUAAACAAUAAGACUGAGGUGGUCUCAGAUGGAGAUGAGGAACUUAUUGGGAACUGGAAGAAAAGUGACUCUUGUUAUGUUUUAGCAAAGAGACUGGAAGCAUUUUGUCCCUGCCCUAGAGAUUUGUGGAACUUUGAACUUGAGAGAGAUGGUUUAGGGUAUCUGGUGGAAGAAAUUUCUAAGCAGCAAAGCAGUCAAGAGGUGAUUUUAAAGCCAUUCAGUUUUAUAAGGGAAGGAAAGCAUACAAGUUCAGAAAAUUGGCAGCCUGACAAUGAGAUAGAAAAGAAAAUCCUGUUUUCUGAGGAGAAAUACAAGCCGGCUGCAGAAAUUUGCAUAAGUAAUGAGGAGCCAAAUGUUAAUGGGGGAAAUGUCUCCAGGACAUGUCAGAGGUCUUCACAGCAGCCUUUCCCAUCACAGGCCUGGAGGCAUAGGAGGAAAAAGUGGUUUCAUGGGCAGGUCCUAGGGUCCCCAUGCUGUGCGGCGCCUAGGGAGUUGGUCCCCUGUGUCCCAGCCACUCCAGCCAUGGCUGAAAGAGGCCAAUGUAGAGCUUGGGCCAUGGCUUCAGAGGGUGCAGGCCCCAAGCUUUGGCAGCUUCCACAUGGUAUUGAGCCUGCGAGUGCACAGAAGUCAAGAAUUGAGGUUUGGGAACCUCUGCCUAGAUUUCAGAGGAUGUAUGGAAAUGCCUGCGUGCCCAGGCAGAAGUUUGCUGCAGAGGUGGGGCCUUCAUGGAGAACCUCUGCCAGGGCAGUGCAGAAGGGAAAUGUGGGUCAGAGCCCCCACACAGAGUCCCUACUGGGGCACGGCCUAGUGGAGCUGUGAGAAGAGGGCCACCAUCCUCCAGACCCCAGAAUGGUAGAUCCACUGACAGCUUGCACUGUUCACCUGGAAAGGUCACAGACACUCAACUCCAGCCCGUGAAAGCAGCCAGGAGUGAGGCCAUGCCAUGCAAAGCCACAGGGAUGGAGUUGCCCAAAACAAUGGGAACCCACCUCUUGCAUCUGUGUGACCCAGAUGUAAUACAUGGAGUCAAAGGAAAUCAUUUUGAAGCUUUAAGAUUUGAGUGCCCUGCUGGAUUUUGGACUUGCAUGGGGCCUGUAACCACUUUGUUUUGGCCAAUUAGUCUCCCGUUUGGAAUAGCUGCAUUUACCCAGUGCCUGUACCCAGUUGUAUCUAGGAAGUAACUAACUUGCUUUUGAUUUUACAGGCUUAUAGGCAGAAGGGACUUGCCUUGUGUCAGAUGAGACUUUGGACUGUGCACCUUUGAGUUAAUGCUGAAGUGAGUUAAGACUUUGGAGGACUGUUGGGAAGACAUGAUUGAUUUUUUAAAUGUGAGGACAUGAAAUUUGGGAGGGGCCGGGGUGGAAUGAUAUGGUUUGGCUAUGUCCCCACUCAAAUCUCAUCCUGAAUUGUAACUCCCACAAUUCCCACGUGUUGUGAGAGGGACCCAGUGGUAAGUAAUUUAAUCACUGGGGCAGGUCUUUCCUGUGCUGUUCUCAUGAUAGUGAAUAAGUCUCACAAGAUCUGAUGGUUUUAAAAAGGGGAGUUUCUCUGCACAAGCUCUCUCUCUGUUUGCCAGCUGCCAUCCAUGUAAGACAUGACUUGUUCCUCCUUGCCUUCCACCAUGAUUUUGAGGCCUCCCCAGCCACGUAGAACUCCCUACCCCAAAGUAAGCCCCCAUGUGAGGGCAGUGACAAUGGUGGUUAUACAGAUGCCCAAAAAACCACAGAAAAAGCACUUAUCUAUAGCCAGAAGACCCAGGAAAGAGCCCUCUGACCACCCCUGAAGGGCGUGGCAAAAAGUCAGGUUAUUCCUCUUUCCUCUUGCCACUGUGUGGCAAAUAAAGACUCAGUUAUAGGAAAGGCACAACAGUGUGAGAAGGCUAAAACUCAGAGAGAAACUGCAGCUUUCUAGCCAGAGAACUGGGAUAAGAGAUCCCUGGAAGCUGGGGAAAUCACAGAAGAGGUGAAGUGCUGAAGGAAUCACAGAAGAGGUGAAGAGCUGAAGAAGAAGAUUCUCUAAAUUUGUGUACCUCUGUAUGAACUGACAGAAGUCUUAGGCUCACCCGCAAGAUGAACAUGCUCAAGACAGGCCAAAAAGAGCAACAUGAAGGCUUUAGAACUGACCUAGAGUGUAGACUCCACAGAGGUCCCAGACUGGCACCCAGCGGCACACACAUGGGAUAGAUACAAACAGCUGUACAGUCUUUAAAAACUGAACCACUGCCUACAGAAGGUAGUCAGAACAUGUAGUCUAAACCUCUCCGGGUUGAUUAUCUACUAAAGCAACCAGAACAACAAAACCAACAGUUUCCAGGAGAUUUUUACAUGACCCCAAGGCUCAUAACAUAACACUCAAAAUUUUCGUGAUAAAAUCCAAAGUUACUUGGCAUAUAAAGAACCAAGUAAAUCUAAAUGGAUCAUAAGAAAAAAGCAAUCAUGAAAUGCCAAUUCCAAGAUGCCAGAGGUUGGAAUGAUCAGACAAAUAUUUUAAUUCAGUUAUUAUAAUCAUCUUCAAGUAUAGUCAUCUUUUGCUAAUGUGAUUGUUGUAAUAAACUGUCUUUCAUCUUUGACCUGGAGGCUUCUUGUUUUUCUGCCAGUAUUUAUGAAACUGUGACAGACAAACUUGUUAGUUUACAAGUAGAGUAAAAUCUCAGAUUCUUCACAAUUCCUGACAUGAGAGUUUAACAAACAUC